AUGUCUUGCUUUCAUUUGGAGGAGUAUGUGGACCUCCAACCGCAUAAUACUUUCGGUGUCACAGUGACGGCCCGGUAUUUUUUUCGUUUAAAUAACACUGGCGAUCUUGAGAAGCUUUUGAACUCACCCUUGUUUCACGAAAAUCGAUAUUUCAUUCUUGGGGGUGGGAGUAAUACUCUUUUUGCCAAGGACAAAUUCGACGGGAUUAUUCUAAAGAACGAGAUCAAGGGCAUCGAGCUUGUGUCUGAAGAUGAAAACAACAAAGUCCUUCGAGUCGGCGCGGGGGUAGAAUGGACUUCGCUGGUGGAUUAUUGCAUUCAUAAUGACCUUGGGGGACUAGAGAACCUUUCAUUGAUACCUGGAACGGUUGGAGCAGCACCAAUCCAAAAUAUUGGUGCAUAUGGAGCUGAGCUGAGCGAUGUCCUGUUGAAUGUCGAGGUUAUUGACAUGAACACCGGACAAUUGACGAAAAUGUCAAAGGAGGAGUGCAAGCUGCAAUAUCGAGACAGUGUUUUCAAACAAACUCUGACGAAAAUGAUGAUAUGCUUCGUCACGAUUCGGACGACAAAGGCCCUUUUUCCUGAAGUAGAUGCUGGAAACGCGGCAAUUCAGCAAGUCUUGCGGGAGCUUGGAGUUUCAAAGCCGUCUAUACGAUCAGUCAGUAGGGCAGUCUGCAUUCUACGUAGAAGAAAGCUCCCCGAUCCAAAGAUAACGGGCAAUGCAGGGAGCUUCUUCAAGAAUGUUGUUAUCAAUGAUGCAUUGCGCCAGUCAAUAAAGAAGAUUGACAAGGAUGUCCCUCUGUUUCUCAGGUCCGAGGGGCUGCAUAUUAUACCGGCGGCGUGGUUAAUCGAAAAGUGUAGCUGGAAAGGCAAGCAAAUUGGCCAGGCGGGAGUCUCUGCCAGUCAUGCACUUGUACUUGUGAAUCUUGGUGGGGCGACAGGACGUGAUAUUGUAUGUUUGGCGGAGUUGAUCGUGCGAGAUGUAGAGAUCAAGUUCGGUGUCUUGUUAACUCACGAAGUGAAUAUCGUCAAGUAG